AUGUCUUCAACCAAAUCAGAUGAGUCCAAGGGAGCCAUUGUAGAGCGUCUUGAAAACUUUGAGGAGAUACAAUCCAAGCGCCCGGACUUUGACCACUCGAAUGCCCCAAUCGAGGUCACAAAGUCCCCCGAUCCGACGUGGUCUUACGGCCAGGGAGUCCGCACCCGGGAAAGCAACUCCCCUUCCCACAAGGAGGUUGACCCAUACGCAUCUGAUCGAUCAAUGAUCAAUAACUACCGUCUUCUCGUUUCCGGAAUCGCACCAAGGCCGGUUGGGUUCCUGAGCACCUUGUCAAAGGAUGGCAAGAAGAACCUUGCGCCUUUUAGCUAUUUCCAAGUCAUUGACCAUGACCCACCCAUGUUCAUAGUUGGCUUCUCAUCAAGAUCAGGUGCUAUCAAAGACUCGUACCGAAAUCUCAAGGAGACGGGCGAAUGCGUCAUCAACACAGUAUCGGAAGACAUGAUUGAGGCUGUCAACGCAACCUCCAUAGACGCUCCGCAUGGAGUCUCCGAAUGGGAUAUCUCAGGGCUGCAUGAGGGAGAGACUACGACAGUGAAGCCAUCGAGAGUUUUGGAAUCGGUGUUUUCUAUAGAAGCAAAAGUGGUGGACAUCAAAGAGUUCAGUGACCACGCAAAGGAUGGAAAGAGUCUCGCCGGAAUGGUUCUGCUCAAGGCAACACGAUUCUGGGUCAUGGAGGAUGCUGCUGAUCCAGACUUCAGUCAUAUUGAGCUCGAGAAGUUGCGUCCUGUGGGCCAGCUGGGAGGAAAGUCGUAUGGGCGCAUCACGUCAACUUUUGAGGUGCCUCGUAGAAGAUGGCAAGAUGAAGAGCCGAAAAGCGAAUUUCUGCAGAAACUGGACAAAUAA